AUGUUUUAUGGUGUGGUCGAAUUCCAAGCUGUAUCUGGCAGCUUUAAAAAAGAGCUAUCUGUAGUACCUCUUACAUGGCUCAUAAAAAAUGAAAGCAAAUGCUACUGGCCUCUAGGAACUCAUAAUAUUCCCAUGAAUGAAUUCAUUAAAAACUGCCCUCCUCCAAAAAAGAAUUGGCCCCGAUAUAAGGUUUUAAAGGUUCAUUUUAAAACUGCCGACUUUGAGUUAGCUGAUAAACAAGUUGAGACUAUUAUAAAAGAAUAUGAGCAAAAUGAAAAUUUUUCUAGUGUAAGCAAAAAAUCAGUUAGCGAGCUUUCUGAAUCCUCUAGUGACACAGAUGAAGAAAAUGAACCGCUAAAGAAAAGACAAAAAAUUUUAGAAAAGGAACACCGAAACAAAAAAACUGGAAAUAUCGUUUUGUCUAGCAUAAACCAAAACCAAUCUUUAUUGCCAGACUACCAAACAAAUGUUCUUGUUACACCAUCAAGUUCUUCCACCUCAACGAUGACCCUUUACGAUGAAGCCUUUAAUAAUGACAUCAUAAUAGAUCAUGAUAGCGCGUUGGACGAAACUGCCAUUAUGGUCGAAACUAUCCAAAGCAAUUUGAACAACAGUGACUCCGUUGGCCGUGCAAGUUACUCUGUAAUAGGCCAUGGAUCUGGUAUGAAACAAAAUGCACGUGACAUAACUACAUUACAGACAUUAAACCAGAAUUCAGUUGAUUUUCAGCACACAGUUUUAACAAGUCUGGCUUCAAUUCAAACGACCAAUGAACAAAUACUUCUAACCAUGCAGGAAAUAUUACGAUUUAAUAAAAAAAUUGCUUUAGAAAAAUUAAUAGCCCCUGAAAAUUUACCAUCUUUUCCUCUUAAGUCCAUGGAUGAAUUUUCAGGUUUUGAAAAUUUAAUAAAAGAGGACUCGACCGUCAAACAAUAUAUGGUACGUCGAUUAGCUGCUUUGGGAGGAUCCGGGGUUGAGGCCGUAACAAGACGUAUUAUGAAAUUUCUACUUACUAAUGAGGUAGGGAACCAAUUUAAUUGGAAGGGUCGCCAUAACAAAGUUAGUUUUGAAACCACUGCCAGUAUGGCUAUUGUUUACGGUAAAAUUUUGAAGCAAUUUGCAAAGAGCUGAUUAAAUUAAAUUAAACAAUUAGCAAAGAGCCUAUUAUAUCUAACGGUUCCACAGGAGUUAGUCAUUCUUUCAAAUAAGUAGUUGGA